AAGCGGGUCCCCCAGAGGCAGGGCCCCCGGCGGCAGCAGCCACCAGGGCUUCCCUGACUGGCCUCCCCGAGGGCCGGGGAGGAAAUGACAGCGCGGGAGCCAGGGCGGGCGCGCAGGGCGGGGCGGCGCCCGGAGUGACAGGGCCUGUCAAGGCGGAGGCCGCCGCGCAGAACCUCCCAGCUUCCCGGCCAGAGCGGGGAUUCCCCAGACGCGGACCCUUCCCGGCUGCUGCCCGCCGCGCCCUGGCCCCUCGUGACCUCCCAGCGCGGCGCCCCCGGCGUGGCCGACGGCGAGGCGGGAGGGCAGAGGCCGAGCCAGAGGAGAGGCUCCGGGGGCGCGCGGGCGCGGGGACCCCGGGCCGGGCGACAGGAAACUCUGGGGUGUGAAUGGAAAGAAGUGGGUGGUCCGGCCCCUGCGACUUCCCCUGACAUCACUGCCCAAAUAAGGAGCUUCCCAGCGGCUGCGGGGCGGCCCGGAGCCGCACGGCCACCGGCGCCAGCCCGCCAGCCCGCCCCGCGCCCACCCCGCGCCGCGUGGGCCGCCCGCGAGCGCUCGGGGCACCGCCGGGCGGAGCCGAGCCGGGCGGAGCCAAGCGGGGAGCGGGCGCGGGCGAGACGCGCAGAGGCUGGGCGCACAGCCCAGCGCAGCCCAGCGGAGCCCAGCGCAGCCCAGCCCGGAGCGCGGAGCCCGACCGCCCGCAGGAUUCGAGACACAAACCAGGCAGCCUCGAACUAGUUCAUGGAGGAGCCACAAGAAAUACUGUCCAGGCAAGCUCUCCCGUGGAGAGGGAAGGGCAGAGCGUGAGCGAGGGAGGCACAGGAGUGGACAUGAAUGCUGGUUUUCAACGAGAACGGCGUUUCAGUUUUGGUCAUCGAAAGUGGUGCCUGCAGCACAGAAGCGCGUGAAUCCCCUCCACGGCUCUGGAUCUCCCACACGGGACUCAAGGAGAAGAGGCUGGACGGAGCCACCCACGGCAUCCAGCGCGGCUCCUCUCCGCCAGGACCAGGGAUGACUGGGCCAUGCACACCGCCGUCGCCGGCCGUCGGCACUUCACAUAGCACACAGGGGACUCCUGGGGGACCCCUCGCCACUGCCAACUGAGACGACACGAUGGCAGCACUGACGCCCCUCAUGACAUUUCCACGACAGACAUUCAGGCAGAAGGUGCUGGCGCAUUUUCUGUCUGCAAAGUAGAGGGCCAUGCCUCACCCACGUGAAUAGCUCAAGCCCCCAUGACUUGCUCUGAGGCUGCUCACAACCAGUGACACUUGCAAAAAACAAAAAACAAAAAACCCGACACCGUCCUGGGCUUGGCUUCCUCCGCUCUUGACCAAUGUGGUUGAAGCCGGACGUCUCACCGGGACACUUGGAUUCUCCGUAAAUGCAGCCUGCCCUGCCCCUCCCUGAGUAGCACCGGCAGUCUCUGUGGAGGUCAUGGAUCCUGAACAAAGUGUCAAGGGCACCAAGAAGGCUGAGGGAAGUCCCCGGAAGCGGCUGACUAAAGGAGAGGCUGUUCAGGCCAGUGUUUCGGCCAGUGCCCCGUUCCCAGGGGGCGGCACAGGCACUACCCCCGAGGGUUCCCUCCAAGAUCGCCCAGCCCCGCAGCCCUUCCCGGGCCCCUCGCCGGUUCUUAGGGAAGGCUCUCAGGAGAAACCGGGCCAGCAGCAGAAGCCCCUGCCCACGAGGCCCUCCAUCGAAGCCUCCGUCCACGUCUCCCAGCUUCCACAGCACCCUCUGGCACCAGCAUUCAUGUCGCCUGGCAAACCUGAGCACCUCCUGGAGGGGACCACGUGGCAGCUGGUGGACCCCAUGAGACCUGGACCGUCGGGCGCCUUCAUAAGCACCGUGCUCCCUCCUCAGAGCCAGCUCCUCCCUCCCCAUGCUUCCAUCAUUCCCGCCGAAGACCUGUCCGGCAUCCCCAAAAUCUUAUUGCCCCGUGCCUCCCAGGUCCCCUUGAAGCCCACAGAAGAGGCCCCCAAGAAGGAGAGGAAACCCCAGAAACCAGGCAAGUACAUCUGCCAGUACUGCAGCCGGCCCUGCGCCAAGCCCAGCGUGCUCCAGAAGCACAUCCGCUCGCACACCGGCGAGAGGCCCUACCCCUGCGGCCCCUGCGGCUUCUCCUUCAAGACCAAGAGCAACCUCUACAAGCACAGGAAGUCCCAUGCCCACCGCAUCAAGGCCGGCCUGGCCUCGGGAGCGGGCGGCGAGCUGUACCCCCCAGGGCUGGAGAUGGAGAGGAUCCCGGGGGAAGAGUUCGAGGAGCCCACCGAGGGAGAGAGCACCGACUCGGAAGAGGAAACAACGGGCACCGGUUCGGCUCCCCCCGCAGAGCUGUCCCCCAGGCCCAAGCACCCGCUCCUGUCCAGAGGCCUGUACAGCUCUGGGAGCCAGGGCUCCAGCCACGAGCGCAGCUCCUUGUCCCAGUCCAGCUCUGCCCCGUCGCUCGAGGACCCCGCUCCCUUCGCAGAACCCUCCUCCGAGCACCCCCUGAGCCAUAAGCCCGAAGACACCCACACCAUCAAACAGAAGCUGGCCCUCCGGCUGAGCGAGAGGAAGAAGGUGAUCGACGAGCAGGCGUUCCUGAGCCCGGGCAGCAAGGGCAGCACCGAGUCCGGGUACUUCUCCCGCUCGGAGAGCGCCGAGCAGCAGGCCAGCCCGCCCAACACCAAUGCCAGGUCCUACGCCGAGAUCAUCCUGGGCAAGUGCGGGCGCAUCGGGCAGCGGCCCGCCAUGUUGGCUGCCACCUCCACCCAGCCGCUCCUGCCCCUGGCCUCCGAGGACAAGCCCAGCCUGGCGCCUCUGUCUGUGCCCCGGACGCAGGUCAUUGAGCACAUUACCAAGCUCAUCACCAUCAACGAGGCCGUGGUGGACACCAGCGAGAUAGACAGCGUGAAGCCCCGGAGGAGCUCGCUGUCCCGGCGCAGCAGCAUGGAGUCGCCCAAGUCCAGCCUCUACCGGGAGCCCCUGCCGGCCCAUGGCAGCGAGAAAGCGAAGCCCGAACCUUCGUCGCUGAUGAGCCUCCAACACCCGCCCAGCACCGCCCCCGCUGUGCCUCUGCUGAGAAGCCACUCAAUGCCUUCUGCCGCCUGCACCCUCGGGACCCCCCACCACCCCUUCCGCGGUAGCUACUCCUUCGACGACCACGUCGCCGACUCCGAAGCCCUGAGCCGCAGCAGCCACACGUUGACCUCCCACCCCCGGAUGCUCAAGCGCCAGCCGGCCAUCGAGCUACCUUUGGGAGGGGAGUAUUCCGAGGAGGCUGGGCCAAGCAGCAAGGACACAGCAGCCCCCAAACCCGCGGACGAGCCAGAACCCAAGGAGAGCGAACUCACCAAAAAGACCAAGAAGGGCUUGAAAACGAAAGGGGUGACCUACGAGUGUAACGUAUGCGGUGCUCGGUACAAGAAGCGGGACAACUACGAGGCCCACAAGAAGUACUACUGCUCAGAGCUUCAGAUCCCUAAGCCGGCGGUCUCCGCAGGUGCUUGUCAUGUGUCUCUGGAAGCCGAGAAGGGUCCGGCCGAGCAGGAGCCCUGGUCCCAGGUGAUGCAUUAUAAACUGGGGGCCACCUUGGAGCUCACACCACUGAGGAAGAGGAGGAAAGAGAAGAGCCUUGGGGACGAGGAGGAGCCGCCUGCCUUUGAGGCGACCAAAGGUCAGUUUGGCAGCCCCAGGCCAUCUGAUGCGGCUCGGAGCCUUCCCCCUGAGGCCACCAAGCCACCAGCAGAACCAAGUAAGUCAGCGCCCUCCCUGGAGGGAACCUCAGGCUUCCAGCCGAGGACUCCCAAGCCAGCGUCUGGUUCCGAAUCGGGAAAGGAGAGGAGGACGACGUCCAAAGAAAUUUCUGUCAUCCAGCACACCAGCUCCUUUGAGAAGUCAGACUCUCUGGAGCAACCCGGUGGCUCGGAAGGGGAAGACAAGCCUACGGCCCCAGCCCCGUUCUCCUCGCCCCCGCCCACCCCGCACGGACGCCCAGCUCACUCCCUGCAGCCCAGGCUGGUCCGCCAGCCCAACAUUCAGGUUCCUGAGAUCCUGGUGACCGAAGAGCCCGACCGGCAGGACACAGAGCCCGAGCCGCCCCCGAAGGAGCCCGAGAAGACAGAGGAGUUCCAGUGGCCCCAGCGCAGCCAGACCCUCGCCCAGCUCCCCGCAGAGAAGCUGCCACCCAAGAAGAAGAGACUGCGCCUGGCACAGAUGGCCCAGUCCUCGGGGGAAUCCAGCUUCGAGUCCUCCUUGCCUCUGUCCCGCAGCCCAAGCCAGGAGAGCAGUGUCUCUGUGAGUGGGUCUAGCCGCUCUGCCUCCUUCGAGAGGGACGACCACGGAAAAGCCGAGGCCCCCAGGCCAUCGUCCGACACACGCUCCAAACCCUUGGGCACGCACAUGCUGACCGUCCCCAGCCACCACGCACACACCCGAGAGAUGCGGAGGUCGGCCUCGGAGCAGAGUCCUGACGUUUCCCAUUCGGCCCACAUGACCGAGAGGCGCAGCAAAUCGUUUGACUGUGGCAGCUUGUCCUUGGCAGGCCCUUCUGCCCCGGCCCCGGUGGCUCCAGCUGCCCCCACAGCCCCUGCAGCCCCAGCGGCCCCUCCAGAGAGAAGGAAAUGCUUUUUGGUGAGACAGGCCUCCCUGACCAGGUUUCCAGAAACAGAGCUGGAGGCCACCCCCAUGGGAAGACAGGAGAGUGAGGAGCCAAAGCCCUCAUCCAGUAAAACUGUGGCCAAAAGCUCACUGCCCCAGGUUUCCUCAGCGGCCAUCUCACACUCUGGGCACCCGGGAGGCAAAGGCCAGGUGCAGGACAGACCCCCACUGGGGUCCACUCCGCCCUUCACAGAAGCACUGCAGGUGCUCCACCACCCCAUUGCCCAGCUGCCCCUGCAUGAGAAACCAUGUCUGCCCCAGCCCGUCUCCCUUUUCUCCUUCCAGCACCUCUUGCAGCACGAGCCAGGACAGUCUUCAGAAUUCUUCUCCUCCCAUUCCAUGUCCAGCCUCCUCUCCUCACCGUAUUCCAUGCCCCCAAUUCCUCCCUCCUUACUUCAAGCCCCGCCAUUUCCUCUCCAACCUACUGUUUUGCAUCCAAGCCAGCUUCACCUCCCCCAGCUCAUGCCUCACCCUACCAGCAUCCCCUUCCGGCAGCCCCCUUCAUUUCUCCCCAUGCCAUACCCGUCCUCCUCAGCACUCUCUUCUGGGUUUUUCCUGCCUCUCCAAUCUCAGUUUGCCCUUCAGCUCCCUGGCGAUGUGGAAAGUCAUCUGCCACAGAUUAAAACCAGCCUGGCCCCGCUGGCAACAGGAACAGCUGGCCUCUCCUCCAGCACAGAGUAUGGCAGUAACAUCCAGCUGCCCCCCUUGCCUCCCCCAUCCAGCUCCUCAGUGCCCAUAUCAGCCUCUCCAUUGGCCCUGCCUGCCUGUCCCAAUAACAUGGUGUCCCUGGUUGUACCCGUCCGAAUUCAGACCAACAUGCCAUCCUAUGGGAGUGCCAUGUACACCACCCUCUCCCAGAUCCUGGUCACCCAGUCCCAAGGCAGUUCAUCAAGUAUAGCUCUCCCUAAGUUUGAGGAGCCCUCAUGUAAAAGGACGACAGUGUGUGGGGCAGAUGUGUACGAGGUCGGGCCUGGGUCAGUUGGAAUAAGUGAAGAGCAGAGCAGAGGUUUCCAGUCUCCAUACCUGAGAGUGCCUGUGACAUUACCUGAAAGAAAAGGCACUUCCCUGUCAUCAGAGAGUGUCUUGAGCCUGGAGGGGAGUUCAUCGACAGUGGGGGGAAGCAAACGUGUCCUUUCCCCAGCUGGCAGCCUUGAACUUACCAUGGAAACCCAGCAGCAAAAACGGGUGAAGGAAGAGGAGGCUUCCAAGGCAGAUGAAAAACUGGAACUGCUAAAACCAUGCAGUGUGGUGCCUACCAGCACUGAGGAUGGCAAGAGACCAGAGAAAUCCCCCAUGGGUAGCCAGAGCCAGGUCAGGAGGGAGCUAGAAUUGCUGUCCAGCUUGCCCACAGAUCCAUCUGACCCAAAGGAAAUUACUCCCCUUCCUCACCCUACACUGCCCCAUGUGACAGCUCCAGGCUCAGAGGCUUUGAAGGAAUAUGUGCAACCAUCUGGUAAACACCACCGAAGAGGAUUGCCCACCCUGAGUGUGAAGAAAGAAGAUUCCAAGGAUCAACCUGACCUCCCUUCACUGGCACCUCCCAGCUCACUUCCUCUGUCAGAAACAUCCCCCAGACCAGCCAAGUCUCAAGAAGGUACGGACUCAAAGAAGGUACUGCAGUUCCCCAGCCUCCACACAACCACUAAUGUCAGUUGGUGCUAUUUAAACUACAUUAAGCCAAAUCACAUCCAGCAUGCAGAUAGGAGGUCCUCUGUUUACGCUGGUUGGUGCAUAAGUUUGUACAACCCCAAUCUACCAGGGGUUUCCACUAAAGCUGCUUUGUCCCUCCUGAGGUCUAAGCAGAAGGUGAGCAAAGAGACAUACACCAUGGCCAUAGCUCCGCAUCCUGAGACAGGAAGGCUCGUGCCAUCCAGCUCCCACAAGCCCCGCAUGACAGAGGUUCGCCUCCCUUCGCUGGUUUCCCUGGAAGGCCAGAAAGAUGUAGCUAGAGUGGAGAAGGAAGAGGAGACAAGAGGGAAGCCCGAGGAGGAUGCUCCCGCCUCCAAGAGAGGGGAGCCAGCGAGGGUCAAAAUCUUCGAAGGAGGGUACAAAUCAAACGAAGAGUAUGUAUAUGUGCGAGGCCGCGGCCGAGGGAAAUAUGUUUGUGAGGAGUGUGGAAUUCGCUGCAAGAAGCCCAGCAUGCUGAAGAAACACAUCCGCACCCACACUGACGUCCGGCCCUAUGUGUGCAAGCACUGUCACUUUGCUUUUAAAACCAAAGGGAAUCUGACUAAGCACAUGAAGUCGAAGGCCCACAGCAAAAAGUGCCAAGAGAUGGGGGUGCUGGAGGAGCUGGAAGCCGAAGAAGGAACCAGUGACGACCCGCUCCAGGACUCGGAAGGGCGAGAGGGCUCGGAGGCUGCGGCGGAGCACCAGUUUUCGGACCUGGAGGACUCGGACUCAGACUCAGACCUGGAUGAGGACGAGGAUGAGGAUGAGGACGAGAGCCAGGAUGAGCAGUUAGGACCGUCCCCGGAGGUGCCCCUGCCCCGCCCGCCAGCCACGCUGCCAGCAGACUCCUCACCCAGUCAGGGCCCGCAGCCCCCAGAUGCCACCUCUGGCGACCAGGCCACGUGGGGCAGCUCCGUCUCGGAAGCAGGCAGUUGCUCCAGGUCCAGCCAAAGCAUCCUGUGCCUCCCCCGGCUGGGGCCGGCCCUUCCGGGCCCCGGGGAGAAGGACACCAGCUCAGCCCUGAGCUCCCAGGCCUCGUCCCCGAGACGGCCAUGGUCCCCCAGCAAGGAAGCAGGCGGCCGCUCACCCCUUGCCCACAAACACCCGCUAACCAAAAGCGACUCUCCCCGGCGACAUUCACCCGCCCGAGAGCCACCGGCGUCGGCCCUGCGCCUGCCUGGCUCCCAGAUUGGCCCUCUCCCUUGUGGGUCUCCAAGACUUGAGCUGACUCCUCUCACCCUCUGCCCCCUGGGAAGGGAACUGCCCCCUCGAGUGCAUCUGUCCCCCGAACAAGAGGGUGCCAAAGACCCAGGCCCCCCCAGAGACUCGCCCACCAGGAGCCGGUCGCCAGGCCAGGCCUCGUCACCGCCUCGGUCAGUGCUGCCAGGGAAGUGGGCCUUGGCUGGGCCGGACAGCUCCUCAGCGGGCGAGUGCGGCCCACGCUCGGGGCUGGCCCCGUGGGCUCUCUACAGGCCCGCGCCUCUACCUCACAAGCUUCUCGGCAGAAGCCUCGAGCCCUGCGCCUCCACAUGGCAGAAGGCUGAGUCCCGAAGUCCCUCCUGCUCACCUGGCCCUGCUCAUCCGGUCUCCUCCCGACCCUUCUCCGCCCCCCAUGACUUCCACAGCCACACGCCAGCCCGGACAGAGAACAUCUUCAGCCACCUCCCUCUGCACUCACAGCACUUGGCUCGCCCCCCGUGCCCCCUGAUUCCCAUCGGUGGGAUCCAGAUGGUGCAGGCCCGGCCCGGGGCCCACCCCACCCUGCUGCCAGGGCCCACCAAGGCCUGGGUCAGCGGCUUCUCCUGGGGCGGCAGCGACCUGACGGGGGCCCGGGAGGCCCAGGAGCGAGGCCGCUGGAGUCCUACUGGGAGCUCCUCAGCCUCCGUGUCCCCCGUGGCCAAGGUCUCCAAGUUCACACUGUCCUCGGAGCUGGAGGGCAGGGACUGCCCCAAGGAGACGGAGAGGACGAGCGGAGGAGGAGGUCUGGGCAGACCUCCCGACUGGGAGUCCCGUGUGGCUGUGUCUGCAGAGUCCGCGCCCACGCACAGCCCCCGCACCCCGCCCGAGGCCUCGCCCCGGCCCCCCCAGCACACGCCGGCCAACCCCCCGGCCUCUGCCCCUUCGCCACUGGACUGCAGCGGCUCCGAGGGCUGCCCGGCAGAGGCCUCCACCCGCUUCCCAGCCCGGAGGAGGAACUUGUCUGGGGAACCCAGGACCCGUCAGGGCUCCCCCGAGCCCUCAGGAAGUGGGGGCCCCGGGGCACCUCCACAGCAGCCCGCCGACAGGGGUCCUCCGAGCACUUAGCCUCUCUCCGACAGCUUCAGCCUCUGGCCUUCGGUUGGGCAACAGACGCUUCCAGCAGCUUCCUCGAAUCAUCUUGCUCAGCUGGGCUCCCUCCCCCACCUGUCCGUGUGUCCGUGCAGCUCCGGCUCAGCCCCCUCGGUUGUAUCUUCCCACGUGUGCAGUGACCUGUGCCUUUUUCUAUUCCUUUUGUUGUUGCUUGAAAAGAAACAAACAAAACAUACACACACAUA